CUGCGUUGCCAUGGGGAUGUGGCCUGGCCGGCGUCUGAGGCGGGUUGACAGGACACUCUGGUAGCCCGGCCUUCGGGCUUUCUCCAGACGGUGUUAUUUCUCGUAUCCUCUGAGAAAGUUGGCUGAAGAGGAGCCCAGCAGCCCUCGAGGAAACAGUUGUGCAGCAUGCCUUGACAUUGAGUUGAACAUCUAAAAUUAGUCCUCCUACAAUCAGUGGUUGAGAACAGGAUUUCAUCAGUGUAUUGCCUGUGUUAAGUAGACACUGCUGAGUUAGAAGGAACUCCCAAGCAAUAAAGUUCAUAUAAAUCUAGUCACAAAAAUGGCAUCCUGGUUAUAUGAAUGUCUUUGUGAAGCUGAACUUGCACAGUAUUAUCCUCAUUUUACUGCUCUUGGCCUUCAGAAAAUAGAUGAAUUAGCCAAGGUUACAAUGAAGGACUAUUCCAAAUUGGGAGUCCAUGAUAUGAAUGACCGUAAACGUCUUUUCCAACUUAUCAAAAUCAUUAAGAUUAUGCAGGAGGAAGAUGAAGUCCUCAAUAGCCCAGAGCAUCCUCUUCAGACAAGCAACCUGUACAACAAGCCUCAGGAAUUUAGAUCUGGCCCCCGAAGACAACUGCAUUUUGAUUCUCCUGCUGAUAGCAAAGCCAGAACAGCCAGCAACGAAGCGUGCAACUUAUCAGACUUCUCUGUAGAGGAGCAGAAGUCCACUUCCCUGAAAAUGCUGGGACACAUGCUACCUGAUGACUCCCAGGACCAGACAAAAAUAAGAACCCUGAAUGCCUCUGCUGCUGCUGCUUAUAUGCAAACAGAAACUGACACUCCACUCUUUUCAUCAAAUUACUUUUCUCCAAAACUAGGAAAUGGUGAUAUUCCUGUUAUUCAAAGAGUCUCUCAUGUUUUGGGGUAUAACUAUGGAAUUCCUCAUUCUUGUGUCAGACAGAUUACCUCAGAAAAUCCUUGGACUGAAAUGGAGAAAAUCAGAGUUUGUGUUCGCAUACGGCCAGGUGUGAGAGAAGUACGUCGUGGAGAAGUUAAUAUUAUUACUGUAGAAGAUAAAGAAACUCUGCUUGUACAUGAAAAAAAAGAAGCAGUUGACCUCACACAAUAUAUUCUUCAGCAUGUUUUUUAUUUUGAUGAAGUCUUUGAUGAGGCUUGCACCAAUCGAGACGUAUACCUGAAGACUGCUCACCCACUCAUUCAGCAUAUUUUCAAUGGAGGCAAUGCCACUUGCUUUGCAUAUGGACAAACAGGUGCUGGGAAAACCUAUACCAUGAUAGGAACUCAUCAAAUCCCAGGAUUGUAUGCUCUGGCCGCCAAAGACAUCUUCAGGCAGCUGAAAGUAUCAAGAAGGAACCUCUUUGUGUGGAUCAGCUUCUAUGAAGUCUACUGUGGACAGCUUUAUGACCUCCUAAAUAGAAGAAAACGGCUUUUUGCAAGAGAAGAUAGCAAGCAUGUGGUGCAGAUAGCUGGCCUUCGAGAGCUCCAAGUGGACAGUGUGGAGCUCCUUCUACAGGUGAUCUUAAAGGGCAGCAAGGAGCGCAGCACUGGGGCCACUGGCGUCAAUGCAGAUUCCUCCCGAUCCCACGCUAUUAUCCAAAUUCAGAUCAAAGAUUCAGUCAAGAGGACAUUUGGCAGGAUCUCUUUCAUUGAUCUGGCUGGCAGUGAGAGAGCAGCAGAUGCCAGGGACUCAGACAGACAGACAAAGAUGGAAGGCGCAGAAAUAAACCAGAGUCUUCUGGCUCUGAAAGAAUGUAUUCGAGCCCUGGACCAGGAACAAACCCAUACACCUUUCAGGCAGAGUAAAUUGACUCAGGUCCUGAAGGACUCUUUCAUUGGCAAUGCCAAAACUUGCAUGAUCGCCAACAUCUCACCAAGCCACAUAGCCACAGAGCACACACUGAAUACUUUGCGCUAUGCUGACCGGGUGAAGGAACUAAAGAAAGGUGUUAAGUGUUGUGCUUCAGCCACCAGUCGAAAUCUGACAUCUGCAAAUUCUUCUCCAAAACGAAUUCAAAACUCCCCUGUUGCCCUGUCAGGGGACAAAUGCUCCCCAAAAAAAGUUAAACUAGGACUUCAGCAGUCACUUACUGUGGCCCCAGGCCCCACAAGAGUUAAAGACCACCCUUUUGCCAGCCAUGCUGCCAAUAUCCCCUUUGCCUCUGGACCUAAAACCCCCAAUAAAAGGGGUAGCUCUCGAGGGAGUCCUGCCCCAGAGUGGGAUACAAAGGCUAGCCCUUUGAAAGGAACCAUGAGGUCUGGCCAUUUGAUCAAAAAGGGAGCAGAAGAAUCAGCACCAUUGUGCUCUGAGAAAAGUCAAAUUGUCAGCAAGACUGCCAUUGGAUGGGAGAGCAGGGCCUCAGGCUCAAGGGAAGGCCUACUUCGUAUCAGGAUGCCUGCCAGAGGGAAGAAGGUGCAGCCAGUACAGCCAGUGCAGAAGCAGCUACUGUCACGAUCUCAGCUCCCUGGCAACAGCCACCAUUUAGAAGCCAGUCAGGACAGCAAGGUGGGCACACCUGACAUGCUUGCCCCUGAAGCUUGGACAAACUCUCUCCCCCAGCAGAAGGAAAGGGAGGAACAUUUGCGGUUUUAUCACCAGCAGUUCCAGCAGCCACCACUCCUCAAGCAGAAGCUAAAAUACCAACCACUGGAAAGGCUUUUAUGUCAGCACAGGCCCUCAGAAGGUCAGCUCCCAAAUGAGACCAUUUCUGCCCUCCACUCUAAUCCUGAGAGCUAUGAUGGAGCCCAGGUUGAGGACCAGGACGACAGUGAUUUCAGUGAGGAUUCUUUCUCAAACAUGCAGAAGACCACCUUGGAGAAGAGCGGAAGCUCAUUCUUCCUACAUCAGAAGAGGGAACACAGCCCUGAGGAGCAGGCAGCAGAAAGGCAGCAGUGUCUGCAUUUCAGCUCUGAGACAGACAGUAAUGACAGGAUGCCAGCUGACAUCUGGGUAUGUUCCAAGGACCCCAUCAUAAACCAUGCGAGAGGAGUACUCGGUCAGAGCCACAGCCCAAGUAAGCUGUGCUCCGUCUGGAGCAAGGAAGAAGACUCUGCCUCCUCAGGGCCUUCUCAUAAGGACAACCUGGCCCAGAAGCCUUCCUCCUCACAGGUAGGUUUUGUGCAUCACCAAGAAAUGGGUGAAGCUCAAGCCUUUGACAUCAGGCUGGAGGCCUUCAGAAGUGAGGUUCCUGGGCAGGCUGAGGGCAGCUUGCCAUCCCCAGAAAAUGGGCUGUCUUUCCCACUAUCCCACAUUGCAGUUCCUGGAUCCCCAGACCUAAGAGACAGAGAAGUCAGUGACGAUAGAGUGACACAGGCACUGGGAACAGUGAACAGCAGUGUUCCUUUCCAAGAAGACUCUAAAGAGCAGUUACAUGCGUGCUCUGCAAAUGCGUCUGGACUCAUGGAUCCUCUCACUAUGUCCCUCCUGGAGACCCCCAAUCAGGACCCUUCUUCCUUGGAGCAGACUGCUCAGGAUAGAGCUGGGCAUGGUCUCAUGGCUGAGAUCACAGGAGGGCCUGCAGUGGGACACACAGUAUUAUCUUACAAUCAAGAGGCUGCCUUGCCAGGAUCUUCAGCAGCUGCUCACCUAUGGCUGUCCUCAUCUCCCCCUGACAAUCGGCCUAGUGGUGAUCUUCCAUCUCUGUCCCCGUCACCCAUCCAUCAGCAUUCACCUGAUAAUCUGUCCAAUAGGGGGGCCUGCCAGAGCAGAAGGCCUGCACUCUUGUCCCAGAAUCAUGUGGGUGAUGACCCAUCUGAUGACAGUGAGACUAAAGAGACUAAACUGGGGCACUCCUUGCCAUUCCCAAGAAAGCCCCUCUCCAGGAUACACGCUGGAGUACCUUAUUCUACACCUUUGCUCACCUCAUGGAAAGGAAGUAGUGAUGAGGCUGGCAGUCCCUGGGCCCAGGACAGAGAACAUCCUGCAGGGCUUAGCUGGCAGGAGCUUGUUUCCUCCACAGACUCCAUCAAGCCCUCGGACAAGAACAUCUUGUGGCUCCAGCACAAGCCAAUCUCAAGAUGCUUAGCAUCAGACACUCCUGUGGUCCCCAGCUGUUCCCUCAAGGCCUCAGGGACACACUGUCCACUCACACUGGAGCAGGCGCAGCAGGCAGUCAUCCGUGCACACCAGGAACAGCUAGAUGAAAUGGCCGAACUGGACUUCAGGGAGGAUACCUUAAUGACCCAGAUGGAUUCCAAUGAUUUUGAGGAUUUCGUGACCCAGCUGGACAAAGUCCUGGCUCUGAAGUCCAGUUGCAUACAGAGUGUGAGAAGACAGCUACAGCUGUACCUCACCUGCAGGCCGGCUGCAGCCCCCAAGAGAACCAACCAUGCUGUCUUAGAGGAAGACUUACCCUGGGUGGACGGCCAGGCCCUUCCUGCGGACAACCACUCCCAGCCCUGCCUCUAGUCACACAUGGCCUUGGAUGGCCACACUACUCAGGAACAGAACUCACCUUACCUCAUUUCUAACCAUAGAAACCACUUAUAAGAAAGGACCAGACUGAAGACCUUCCUGUCCCCUUCUAUUUGGGGUUCAGAGUAUUUGCUUUGUUGACCUGUGUCUGUAGGAACAUAUUUGGUCUAAUAACAGUAGAUGUUCCUAAGUUUCAGGAUGAAAUAGGGGUGUUCAGUGGUAACCUGGGGGUCAGAGGUUAGGGACCACACACUCAGCCAAUAGCCAAAUUGCCUUUCUGUCUUCAAAGACUACAGCAUUGGUGCCAGCCAGGCAGUUGGGUGAGUGCCUUCCCACCAGAGAGUAGAGAUUUAGUUUUGGAAAAUAUAAACUGAACCACUCUUGAUGCCUUAAGAGCAACUGGGUUGGGGGUUAGGCUUUAUGCUUGCAGUUCCCUUCCCUGAAACCCGGCUUUGAGAGGGGGGGGGGGGGGCUGUUGGCAGCACAUUUUUCUCAUUUACUUUUUGAUAAGACAGCAGACCUAUGGACGGUACCUACUAGGCCUCAGUUUUUGUGGCAAAACCUGGCUCCUGUCUAUGACUCCUCACUCCCUGUCCCUCUGAAUAAUUAAAUAGGAUGGAGGAUCUCAGACAAGUCCAUUGCCUAGACUGAAUUUCCAGGACACCUGGGCCAGCCACACUCAAAAGCCAGCCUUUGUUUUGGGUGUCUUGGCACUGAGUGUGGAGUCAAUAGUCUGAACCUUCUGAUAUAGGAAAAACACACUGUACUCUUCAAAUGAAUUCUUGCUCUAUUACUGUGUGUAGGGCAGGUGUUACCAGGCACCCACAAUCAUUCUCUGCUGUUUCACUGCUGAUUUGGCUAGCCAAUAAGUCCCAUGGGUCAGACUGUCUUAGCACUCUGUGUAGACCAGCUCAGAGAUCCACCUGCUUCUACCCCCAAAUGCUGGGAUUAAAGAUGUGUACCACAACAUCCAGCUGGUCCAGGCUUUCUGCAUAGGUCCUAGUGAUGAAACCUCAGCACUCAUGCUUGCACCACCAGCACUUUACUGAUUGAAUCAUCUUCCCAUCUCUUGAAACAGGGUUUCUCUGGCUUUGAAGGCUGUCCUGGAACUAGCUCUUGUAGACCAGGCUGGCCUUAAACUCACAGAGAUCCACCUGCCUCUGCCUCCUGAGUGCUGGGAUUAAAGGCGUGUGCCACCACCACCUGGUUCUGUAUCACCUUUUAAUAACAAGAAAGCACCUCAAGAGCCUCCAAGGGUCCAUUAGUUUUAAAGGGCUCCCUGAGUUAACCUAAGAUUCAUGUGUCGCAGCAUGGACCCAGAAGCCAUUACCAUAUGAAUUUAAGUUAUGCCUGAAACUCCAAGAUAAAUGAGGUAUGGCAUCGCUCACUUGUAAUCCCAGCAUUUGGGAAGCUGAGGCAGAAUGAGGACCUUGAAACCAACAUGGGCUAUAUUUAAAAGGCUUACAGUGGGCCACAGACAGUGCUUGAAAUAGCCACCAGAGGGCAGCCUGUUCCUAGCUUAGGGUUGUACAGCACCUCCUUACAUGGCCACUAAAAACCAGAGAUUCCCAGCCAAGAACCCCAUGGGAUUCUACUAAAGUAAGAACUAGAAGUUUUAGGUAUUAAUUUUGUCAGCUGCACCAAUGCUACUGAAAGCCUUGCCUGUGACUAUAUUCAUGAUGGCAUACCGGUCCCCAGGAGCUGAGGACCAAACCCAAGGCCUAGCAAGUGCUUUACCACUGAGCCAACCCCAGAUUUUUUCUUUUUUCUGUUUUUGGUUUUUCAAGACAGGGUUUCUCUAUCGGCUCUGGCUGUCCUGGAACUCACUCUGUAGACCAGGCUGGCCUCGAAAUCAGAGAUCCACCUGCCUCAGGAAUUAAAGACAUGCACCAUCACCACCUGACCAACUUUUCAUUUUUAAAGAACAUCUUGAAGUCUAGUCUGCCCCUCUCUACUCUGGCAAGAAGGCAUAUGCCUUGGUCCAGAUACUGGACUAGAUCAGGUUUAAAGGUUUAGAUCUUUGGGUCUGUAUUUGUAAACCAAAAAAAAAAAAAAAAAAAAAAAAAAAAAAAAA